AUGGACAUCAGGGACCUAAAUCCAAGUAUAAUAGCCGUCUUCGGUCAACCUCCUGCCCACAUCGAUCUAGCUGAUAGCCAAGUACGUCGAGACAAUACAGCCGUUAUUAUUUUGCUGGUCCUCAGCAUAAUUGCAGUGGGUCUCCGGUUCAUCGCGAGACUGGCCGUGCGGAAUCCUUUUCAACUGGACGACUGGUUGAUUCUGGUGUCCUUGGUGCGUGAACAACAUGAGUCAAUCCGCAAUUGGUCUUCAAGCCCUAACAUCGAUAUCGCUACUUACCAGGUUUUUGUUGCAGCCACAGCAGGGCUAAGUCUAGCGGGCGGCGCAUUUGGCGCUGGAAAGCAUGUAUGGGCAGCAUCUCUGGCCGAUGUGUCGACAAUUUUCAAGGUACGAUUGUGCGAUACUUUCGGUAUAAUAUGUGGUAGCUCACCAGGCAGAUCCUGUUCACAUACACCUUUAUGUAUGCUGCCGGAUCUGUUCAUCAGCCUCUCUCCCUCCGAAUCUCCGUUUUAUUUGGAUUUGUGCUCGCGCUCUCUUACCCUGUUAUUGUCUGGGUGGCCAUGGGGAACUGCUGCAAACCGCUGUCCUAUUUCUGGAAUCAGUUCCAGGGUGCGUCGGGAACGUGCAUUGACACUGACACAUUCUUUCUCGCAACCGGGCGUUUGCGUAGCCAGUGCCGUGCGCAUAUAUGUUCUAUAUCGAUUCACCCAAGCUCGUGAUAUUACUUGGAUGAUGGGACCGCUGUUCAUCUGGUCCAGUAUUGAACCAUCUGUAGCUAUUGUUUGCGCCUGUCUCCCUCAUCUCGGACCACUGGCGCGUCUCACCCGCAUUCGGUUACUGUCCAGUCAAGGAAGCAAAGGCAAUCAAUUCCCCUUCUCAGGGUCUCCACGGAAGCCUUCACGCUGUCAUGGAGGCCGGGCCCACUGGCAGGCUGGCAUACGACUUAGCCAGCCUGGACGCGUAAGGACGCUAACCUCUACCUGCGAGGUAGCUGAAGACGAGGUUGGGCUCGCCAACCUUGGGACGGAUGACACGACAGCACAGCAUACGCCAUCUCUGCGCUCAACAUUGGGAUGCCCCAUUCCAGAUCACUCCAUUGUCGUCCGAUCUAGCUUGGAGCAAUCCGUUUCCUGUCGCUAG